AUGGCUUCUCGCUCCUUAUACCAGUCCCCUUCGGGGCCCUCCUACUCUUUAUAUACGAUCCUGUGGAUAUUCUUCCUUUCUCUUUCAGCCGUGGCCAAUGCGCUGGCGUAUCCGCCCCAGAAACUGCUUGCAGAGACACGACCGGUUGACGACACCCUCUCUGUCUCCCUCGAUGAUCUCUCAAAGGAUGCCAGUCUCAAGGACAGCAAUGCGACUCCCGCCGAGACGCUGCAAGAUCUACUCGGCGCGCUACGUGGUAUGCAAGACCACUACUUCGUGAUGUGGAUGGGAACUUGGCCUAGCAGCAUUGACUGGACUGCUGCGGUCCUGGGAACCCACGUUGUCGCCACUUUGUCAUCUUAUACCUCCUCCAAGCUCGAUGUCGUCGACCCCACAGAGUCGCACCUGUCAGUCGCGCUUGCAGUUGAGAACACUGUCAAUCAAUUCUUUACUCAGAUGAACACCUUUUAUUUUGGAGAGAAUGCUUUCAGUCUGAGAAACCAAGCCUACGAUGAUAUGCUUUGGGUCGUACUAGACUGGCUGGAAAAUAUCAAGUUCCAGGACUUGCACACAAAUCUUCACUUUCCUUCGUCCGACCCAGCUUCAGAGGGAUCAUGGUAUGGGACUCAAUUCCGGCAAUCAGCUGCACAUCGGGCACGAAUUUUCUAUGACCUGGCCUCGGCCGGCUGGGACAAGACCCUCUGUGGCGGGGGGAUGAUCUGGAACCCGGUUUUGAUCCCCUAUAAAAACGCCAUUACGAACGAGCUUUAUAUAUCGGCAAGCAUCGCCAUGUAUCUAUAUUUCCCGGGGGAUCCCAUUGACUCUCCAUUCAUUACCAAUGUACAGGCCAAUGGAACAUAUCCACACAACCCUGCCCACCUCAAGUCAGCAGUCGAUGCUUACGCUUGGCUCAAGAACUCCAACAUGACUGGAGCCGGCGGGCUAUAUGCAGACGGGUUUCACAUCAGCGGCUGGCAAAGCGCAUCCGAUCCAGGAACGGGCAAAUGCGACGAGCUCAACAAAAUGGUAUACACUUACAACCAAGGAGUCGUCCUCAGCGGGCUGAGAGGACUCUGGAUCGGAACAGGUGAUCAGGGCUACCUUCGCGACGGUCAUGAGCUUGUCCACAAGGUUCUUCGUGCCACGGGUUGGCCGCAAACAUCUUCGAAGAAAUGGGUUGGUCUUGGACGCGGCGGUGUGUUGGAAGAAGCCUGCGACUCAUACUCUAGCUGCUCGCAAAACGGACAAACCUUCAAGGGAAUUUUCUUCCACCACCUGGCAGAGUUCUGUCGACCACUCCGCCCACAAGAAGAGCGCUUCCUGGCGGCUGAGAAACGCCAGCCGAUUGCGGACGAGGGCUGGGAGGAUGUCUACACCCGUCAUCUCAAACGUUGCCGUACUUAUGGGCCCUGGAUCGAACACAAUGCUCGCGCUGCGUUGAUCACCCGUGACGACGAUGGGAAAUUCGGUACUUGGUGGGGAAUUGAAUUCCAGCAACCACCCUCCGCUAUCUCUGCGGACACUGUAAAUAGUAGUACUUUGCCAGCUGGGGCAGUGGACUACCGCAAUGUUGAGUUUGAAACUGAUGCUCAUGCAUUUGAUGGCGUGCCGCGGGACUUCAACGAUCGUGGACGGGGUCGCACAGUUGAGACACAGUCUGGUGGAGUUGCAGUGCUGAGGGCUCUGUACCAGUGGCAGACCUCUGAUGUCCUUACAUGA